AGCUCUGUUUUUUAAAAAGCUUCCAUAAAACCCUCCAAAACCAAACCAAUCUGCCUUACAAAAUCUUCCAUUUUUUUUUCUCUCUCUCAGAGCUAAAACAAGAAAGAAACUAGAAAAAAAACACAUGCUUUUCCAUUUCACUUGCCUUUAUCUUCAUCCCCACACAACCAAAAACUCUUCACUUUCUUCACUUCUUCUUCCUCCUUGGACUUCCUCUGUUUUCCUCUGAAUUCAAAGUUCUUUCAAAAUGAUUACAUUAUCAGACUUUUACCAUGUCAUGACAGCCGUCGUGCCGCUCUACGUCGCCAUGAUAUUAGCUUACGGCUCCGUCAAAUGGUGGAAGAUUUUUACCCCUGAUCAGUGCUCCGGUAUCAACCGCUUCGUCGCACUCUUCGCCGUUCCCCUUCUCUCGUUCCACUUCAUCGCCUCCAAUAAUCCCUAUACUAUGAACUUUCGGUUCAUUGCCGCCGAUACCCUCCAGAAAAUCAUCGUUCUGGUGGUGCUCGGCAUCUGGACAAAGGUGAGUCGGAGGGGGUGCUUGGAGUGGACAAUUACUCUGUUUUCACUUUCGACUCUGCCCAACACUCUGGUUAUGGGAAUUCCUCUGCUCAAAGGAAUGUAUGGCGAUUUUUCCGGCAGCCUAAUGGUUCAAAUUGUAGUUCUGCAAUGCAUAAUUUGGUACACUUUAAUGCUCUUCAUGUUCGAAUUCAGAGGAGCUAGGAACUUAAUCUCAGAGCAAUUUCCCGACACGGCAGCAUCGAUCGUCUCAAUCCAUGUCGAAUCCGACGUCGUUUCUCUCGACGGUCGGCAAGUGCUGGAAACAGAGGCAGAGAUCAAAGAUGACGGCAAACUCCACGUCACCGUCAGGCGUUCCAACGCCUCUCGAUCAGAUAUUUUCUCACGUCGAUCACAGGGGCUGUCGUCGGGGACUCCCCGGCCAUCGAAUCUCACCAACGCCGAGAUAUAUUCGCUGCAGUCAUCAAGAAACCCGACGCCGAGAGGGUCAAGUUUUAACCACACUGAUUUUUACUCCAUGAUCGGCGGCGGACCGGUGCCAGGAGUGGCAUCAAGGGGACCAACACCACGACCGUCGAAUUAUGAGGAGGAGCAUCACGGCGGAGGAGGGAAGAGUGGGGCGAGAUAUUAUUACCAUGGGAAUUCAGCACCGGCGCCACCGCAUUACCCUGCUCCGAACAUGGGAAUGUUUUCGCCGACGGGAUCGAGAAAUGUAGUUUCAAGUAAGAAAUCGACGGCGAACGGGCAGGUCGGUCAGUACAAGAUGGAUGAUAGUAACAAUAACAACAAUAAAGAUCUUCAUAUGUUCGUUUGGAGUUCAAGUGCUUCCCCUGUUUCUGAUGUGUUUGGAAGCCAUGAUUAUGGAGCUCCCCAUGAUCACAAAGAAGUUAAAUUGGCUGUUUCUCCUGGUAAAGUAGAAGGUGGAACGAGACAGAACAACAGAGACGAUGUGGAGAGAGAAGAGUUUAGCUUUGGAAACAGAGGGAUGAACAGCAGCAGCAACAACUGCCAAGAAAUAGAAGGAGAAAAAGGAGGGAAGACAAAGACAAUGCCACCAGCAAGUGUAAUGACAAGGCUUAUUCUCAUAAUGGUGUGGAGAAAACUCAUAAGAAACCCCAACACUUAUUCUAGCUUGAUUGGCCUCACUUGGUCUCUUGUUUCAUUUAGGUGGCAUGUUGAAAUGCCCGCUAUUGUAGCACAAUCCAUCUCCAUCCUCUCUGAUGCCGGGCUUGGCAUGGCCAUGUUUAGUCUUGGCUUGUUCAUGGCUUUACAACCAAGGAUUAUAGCAUGUGGAAAUUCCAUAGCAGCUUUUGCCAUGGCCAUUAGAUUCCUUACUGGCCCUGCUGUCAUGGCAGCUGCUUCAAUUGCUGUUGGCCUCAGGGGUGUACUCUUGCAUGUUGCCAUUGUUCAGGCAGCUCUUCCUCAAGGGAUCGUGCCGUUUGUGUUUGCAAAGGAGUAUAACGUACACCCAGAUAUUCUAAGUACUGCAGUGAUAUUUGGGAUGCUGAUUGCACUGCCAAUAACAUUGGUGUACUACAUUUUGUUGGGACUAUGAAAAGAAUAUUGGAGAGUUCACUUACAAAAGCAAAUGGAAAAGGGAAGAAUCAGAGAGCAUUGAACAAGAAUUGAUAACAACAUUAUUAUUUAUUAUUAAUCAAAAGAAAAAAGAUGAGAAAAUAUUAAGAGAUUUGAGGGUUUUUUUUUUCUCUUUUCUUUUCUUUUCUUUUUUUCCCUCAUAAAGUUGUAAAAUCAUGUUCAGUUUGUAGCCAAUUUGUUUUAUAUAAAUGUUUCUUUCUUUUUGUA